AUGCAAUCGGACAGUUUCGCAUCUCGCACAGAUUCUUAUGUCCGUGACGCUUCGGUGACAAGAAAGCGCAUUCUUGAGCUCUGGUUCCAUAUUGUAGAGAAUGACUUCGAUAGACGAAGACAGGCCUCGCUACCGCACGCCGGGUUCAACGAGCACCAAACCAGAUUCGGGCUAAGCUCUCCUCUUCAAAAUUUCCCUCCCUUACCUGCAGCCAUUACAAGUCCUCCACCUAACGUCCCGUUCCAACAAUCCAACUUCCCUCAACAACAACAGCAGCAAUACGUCCCUCAGUUCAAUAACAACAACAUACCACCCAUUAACAACCUGCCGCUUCAAAACAAUAACUUACCAACACAAGGCAGCUUCCAAUUCAAUCCGCAACCAAGUGUGAACCCAAGUGUGUUUUCGAACAACUUCCAGCCACAGCAAGACAUAAGACAGCAUCAGACACAAAAUUUACUACCUCCAGCCAUACCAACGCUGCCAACCUACCAAAAUGGAAUUCCGAUCCAACAAAAUGGACAUACUUUCCAAACAAACAUCCCUUCAAGUCCUGUCAGCUUGACACAGAGACCUACACAGCAAGCUUUCUUACCCACUGUUUCAACACAAGGCCAACCCAUCAAUCAACCUAUCAACCAACCCAUCUUCAGUCAUCCAAACCCUAUAACCAUACAGCCUGCACCUAACCUAGGCCCUCAAAAUUUUAAUCUGAAUAACGCACAGCUCCCUUUCCAACCGUCUUUAGGGCAAGCUCCUUUUUUCUCCAACGGACAGUCAUCCCGAAUUGAAGAUUUGUUAGAGCAACAAUCUAAGGAAAAUUUAGAAAAACUAAAAGAACUUCAAGAGAGAGCACGUAUUAUUCAGAAGCACCAGGAGUUCGUACAGAAACAACAGCAAAAGCAGCAAGAGAAAGUGGAAAAAUUACAUGAAGAGUUCGUUAAAAAGCAAGCUACUAAAUCGAUCCCAAAUUAUUCGACUACUGAAUCCUACACAAACUAUUGGAGAGGAAAUGUAGAAAGGCGAAGGCCAAUUUUGCCGCACGAGACAAAUCUAUUCAAAAAGGCUGUUGAAUUGUAUGAAAAAGAACAUCCAACAUCAACGACGACGACAACCACCACCACAACUACGACAACUACAACUCCACCGCCACCACCCACGCCCAGGUACAGACCUAGGCCAAAGACAAAAAGUAGAAAUGUUCCUCAGGACAGAGAUAAGCGAAAGCUUUACAAUGAAAUUAAAAGCCUCUUGCAAGAAAGUGAAACUAAGGGCUUCGACGAAAAUUUACGAGCCAAGAGUGCCGAGUUAUUGAAAAAACCAGAUAUUUUAAAACAACUCCAAGUUGCUCUCGCUGAAAAUCCUGAAGACUUCUCUGAGAAAAAUUUCACAUCUAGAGAAAUAUCGCUUAAUGGACAAAAAUUUGAAGUUAUCAGGACGACGAACCCAAAUCUGAUCCCUGAAGGCGCGAUCUCAGCUGAUAGUUCAAAAUUAGCUCAAAUUAUGGCUGCUGCUCAGCUCGAGCAACAAAAAGAAACACGAGUUUCAAUUGAAGAUUUAACAAAAGGUAUCCUACCCCCUGGCGCAAACUUCGAGCUUAUCAAACAAGCUGAAAACGGCAAAUUAGAGGAGGUGAAAGCACCUAAUGAAAUUCAUAACAAGAAAAAAGUUACUUUUGUUUUCUUGGAAGAACAAGACGAUGGAUCUUUCAAGGUUAAGGGUGUUAAAGCUAACGGCCAACAAACAGAGGAAGGUCCUGAAGUAGAAAAUAUUUUGAAUAAAAUAAAGAACGGUGAGAUUCAAUUGCCUGGACAAACCAAGAUAUCAAACUCAAUAUACGGAUCAACUACUGCCCGACCUACAACUGAAGCGACUGAUUUUGUAGCUGCUUCGUCCCAUGUCCCUCCAAGCUACUCAACCUUUGUCAGUACUACUAAUCACGGUACUACUGGCCAUACUAUUCCAGUGACACAUACAACAGUAGCACCGACCUACCAAAGCUCUUUUCACUCUACCCGAAGCACUCAAGCUAAAACGCAGACUCACUUUCCAUCAACGAUUGGCACUACUAGCACUGAACGGUACAUCACGAAAUCAAGUACACCAGCUGACGAAUUCACUUCCAGAAAUAGCAUCAGUCAAAGUCCCAGAUUAACUUAUCCCAGUUCUACUUUGUCAACAAUUUUGAAUACCACCCCUUACCGUUCAUCUGAGAAAGAUUUAGUCGUGAUUGGAUCCAGUACCAUUGCUCCCAGUCUGAGUGAAGCGAGCGGUACUGCAAGGCAAGCUCAAUCAACGAUUCCUGGACUCGUGGAUAUUUUGAAAGAUAAUGGGCUUUUUGCAACUGCGAAAUAUUUGCGCCAGUCAGGCCUAGACACCAUCUUGAAUGAGACCGGUCCGUACACUAUUUUCGUCCCCACAGACAAGGCUUUUAGAACUCUCUUGGUUCAGCUUGGAGGUCCUGAUAAGGCCGAGGAGAAAUUCCGAGACAACCCAAGGUUGCUCAGCGGUCUCCUUUUGCAUCACGUGAUACCUGGUGCCUUCGAUGUAGGGUCCCUUCAAGACGAGAUGACAGGAGUUUCUCUAGCAGGCACGCAGCUCAGGGUCAACCAGUACGAUCUACAUGACGCAGAAUGGAACGAAGUGCGCGUCACCACUAUCAACGGAGCCAGGGUGCUGGAUGAAAAGAAGGAUAUUCAUAUACCACAGGGUAUAGCACAUGCAAUAGACCGCGUGAUGUUCCCGCUGCCUGUUGGAGAUCUGGUACAAACACUACAGGCAGAUAGAGACAGACGGUUCACCACAUUCUUGAAAGCAAUCCAGACCAGCGGCUUCGCAGAUACACUUGCUGAAAGCAAAACCUACACGGUAUUCGCACCAACGGAUGCAGCAUUCGCUCGCUUAUCGGCAUCUGACCUAGAUCAGUUUGCUGACAAAGCAGGAGCCAAGGCGUUGGUAGCAAGACACGUUCUGCCUGGUACUCUGUACAGUGCUGGUAUGAGGUACUACCAACUCAGAAACUCCAUGGAAGACAGUAAACCGUUGACUCUUCAGAAAAGUUCGGGUCGUAUCAAAGUAAAUAAUGCCCAAGUGAUAACACACAACAUUCCUGCGACGAAUGGCGUCAUCCACGCAGUAGACGCGAUCCUGUAA